CGGCAGUUGACAGAUCAAAAAGGAAGUUGAAUCAAUUGAAGGGCCUUCACUGAUAAGACUAACUCCGAUCACCCAACCUUAAGCCAAAGCUGAAAGUGAAAUUGAAUCUCUAACACUUGACCUUGCCUGGCCUUCGUCCUGCAGCUGCUGUAUAUUGAUUGAUAAUAAAUAUGGAUGAGAUUAUCCCAGGUCUAUGGCUUGGACCUAUGCCAUUUGCAGAAAAUAUUUCAGUCUUAAAAAGAAAUGGAAUAAUGUCAAUUUUAACACUAGAUAUCCUGCCAUUAGACUGCAAUGUAUUCAAAGGAUUUAACAUGAAGUUCUUAUAUCUGCGUGACGAGCCAUCCCAGGAUUUGCUGGAAAUUCUUGAAGAUGCUUUAAGUUUUAUUGAUGAAAGUAUAAAAAAUAACUCAAAUAUUUUGGUUCACUGUGCUAUGGGUGUAUCUCGCAGCGCCAGUGUUGUAGUCGCCUACCUUAUGCGUCGAAAUCAUUUAUCCUAUGAAGAGGCUUAUAAUAUUGUUUCAAGGAAACGGAGUAUUUUUCCCAAUAAUGGAUUUAUUAAUCAGUUAAAGUUGUUUCAUACUAUGAAGUGGACGGUCAACCGUGAUUCUCCAUUAUUUCAACAAUAUAUGACGAAAAGAACCUUCUCAGUUUUUACGGAUUAUAAUGGUGAUCUUUUAGAAAGUCAAACAGUCUGUCAGUUGCACAACACACCUUCAAGUUUUAGAUGUAAAAAAUGCAGACAAGUGUUAUUCAAUUCAAAUCAGUUACGCAUUCAUCAAAAACCGGAGACAACACCUAAUCCUCUUAUAAAUUCUACAAAAUCCAAGAACACUGAUAACGUAUCUAGUGUCUUAAUCAAAGGUGUUUCAUUAAAUAACUCUCCUUUACAAUGUGAUAAAAAUGAAUUGUUCUGUGACCCAUUGGAAUGGACAUUGCACAGUACUAGUGAUGUUCAAGGAAAGCUUUAUUGUCCUGGAUGCAACGCUAAAGUUGGCUCUUUCAAUUGGUGUGCCAACCUUUUAGUCGGAAAGCUUGCUACACAAUUUAUCAGUCGAUGGAAUCAGAUACCGCCUUCAGACCUUUGUUCUACAACUUCAUAGAAGUUGAAUACUUAAUCAAAACACUCAAAUCCAUAUCCGAAACCUCCGUGAUUUUCUCGAAUUUGUUGUUCACAAAGAUUAAUUCGAAGCAAGCUGCAUAAUUUCUUUACGCAAGAUGUCAGAGGCUAGCUCUUGAAUUUAUAGGACCCCUAACCUUCAAGAAACUCGUACACCUAUGUGUGGGAAAAUAAUUUGUUUUUAUCAAUAAGUCUACCUAAGUCUUUAACCCAUUGUUUAUUAACUGGAUGAAUGUAUCAUACUUUCCACUUUUCAAACCUAUUUGAUAUCUUGUCUUUUUCACAUAUAAUACCUUUACAACAGAAGAUUUAACCAAAUUGUUUAAAAGGUGUACUAAACGAAUAUACCAAGUUUUUCAUGAUAUAUGUAUAUAUAUUCAAAACAAAACUUUAUUUUCAUUGAUUUAUCUAGGCGAACCAUGUGUAUGUGGCACGUGGGUAGUUCCAGCAUUUCAUUUCAAUCGUAAUCACAUUGAUCGUGUACCAAUACGUUCGAGAAAUGUGAUUACUAUUCCAUCGAAACCUGUAGAAGACAACAAUUCCUUCGUUACGAAUGCCGAUAUGAAUCAAUCAUAAUCUUAUCCACUGUAUGUUUCCUCUAUCCUAUAUUGUUCUGUCUUCUUUGUAAUAUAUGAGCGCGCAUUUACAUCAAACUUAUAGUUUUCUCAAGUUUCCUCCUCUUUCCGCAAAUACAAUUUAAAUCAAUUUAAUAUCUUCAAGAGAUUUAUUUCUUAUGAUUUAUUUGAUUACUAUGUAUAUUUCCCACUUUGUUUUAGAAUAGUUGGAUCCAUUCGUUUUAUCAAUAAAACUACAUUCUGUUUCAUGG